AAGCUCGUGAGUUUAAUCUCUACAAUUCAAAGCCAACACAAAGAGGGUUUGAAGAAGAAGAAGAACAAGAAGAAAGAACAAGAAGACCAACCAUGGAGGAUUUCAAGGAAGAUCUUGAUUUUGGACACAAGGACGAGGAGGUUGUUGUUGCUAAGGUUGGAACGAAAAGACAAUACCGUGAAAACGACGAUGUAAAGCCAUCUUCUUCACCAAAACAAAGCAAUUUAAGCUACACCAAGCAGGAUGAUCAAGUACUUGAAUCUGCUAGAGCAGAAAUGGGAGAGGUUAGAGAAGAGAAUCAGAGACUUAAAAUGCACUUGGAUAGAAUAAUGAAGGAUUACCAAACCCUUCAAAUGCAAUUCCACAACAUCGUUCAACAUGAUCAACCAAAGAAAUUAGGCAGUACUACAAACCCUAAUCAUCAUCGGGAGAUUGAAGAAUCUGACCAGCUUGUCUCUCUUAGCCUCGGACGAUUUUCUUGCGAUGCAAAGAAGGAUGACGACGAUCAGAAGAAGAAAAGCCCAAGCCUUGAGAAGAAGGAUCACGACGAACAAGUUGAUUAUAAAGAAAGCUUGAAUCUUGGAUUGAAAUGCAAGUUUGAAGUCUCAAAAUCAGAUGCAAGUGAUCCUCCAAACGGUAGUUUUGAAGAAGAACAAAAGGACGACUCGGCGGAUACUAAUCCGUCUCCUAGUAAAUCACUCAAGACUGCAGAUAGAAGUGCUGGAGGAGAUGAUGAAGUUUUGCAACAAAACUCAGCCAAGAAAACUAGGGUUUCUGUAAGAGCUAGAUGUGAUGCCCCAACGAUGAAUGAUGGAUGUCAAUGGAGGAAAUAUGGACAAAAGAUCGCAAAGGGAAACCCUUGUCCUCGUGCUUAUUAUCGUUGUACUGUUGCACCAUCGUGCCCCGUGAGGAAACAGGUUCAAAGAUAUGCUGAAGACAUGUCAAUCUUAAUCACAACCUAUGAAGGAACACACAACCACCCACUUCCAAUGUCCGCAACCGCAAUGGCUUCCACCACCUCCGCAGCCGCCUCCAUGCUAUUAUCAGGCUCAUCCUCCAGCUCCCAAGCAGGCCCCCGCCCCGGCCUGUCCACAACAGCCGGCAAUCUUCAUGGACUUAACAAUUAUUAUCAAUCAGCAGCUGAUACAUACAAGUCUAGCCAAUUCUACAUACCAGGUUCUUCAUUCUCAUCUUCAUCACACAAUUCACACCCAACAAUCACUCUUGAUCUCACUUCAUUCCCACCAUCAUCAUCAUCCAAUUCACUCUCCCAUUUCAAUAGAUUCUCUUCAUCAAUCCCUAAAUUUUCUUCAACAAGUCUCAACUUUAGUUCCUCUGAAUCUUCCACAAUGCCAUGGAACAACAACAAUGGGUCGUUCCUUAGCUAUAAUAAUAGGAAUGAAACUGGAUUUUAUAGUAAUAGUUACCAAAACUACAUGCACAAGAACAACAACCCAAUAAUACGACCUCCUCUUCCUCAACAAAAAUCCUUGCAAGACAGUACGAUUGAAGCGGCGACCAAGGCGAUCACAGCUGACCCAAGUUUCCAAUCAGCAUUGGCAGCUGCUCUUACAAUGAUCAUCGGUGGUACUAACGGCGGCGCGAAUCAAAGAGGCAACAAUAAUGGAUGUGCAACAACUUCAACAAUAAAUCUUCAAUCUGCAGGAAGUUUAACGUUUGCAGCUCCAGCUUCACUGCCAUUUUCCACCUCUAAGAGUUCAACUGCUUCUCCAGCAGAAAAUGGAGACCAAAGUAAUUGAUGGGUUUGUUAAUACUCAUAGAUAUAUAUAUGUAAGCUAAGGAAUUAAUUAUAUAUGUGCAUUCGAUAUUUUUCUACUCUCUCUUUUGAUUUUAUUUGUAUACAGAGCUUAAUUUGUGGAAUACAAGAUGUUGAUGUUUAAUUAAGAUAGGUUAAAAUUCACAUGGUUCAUGGUU